GUUCUAAUAGUAUUUUAAAAAACACAGGAAAAUUUUUCAUAGUUACUAAACUUUAGAUCACAAUGGUAGGCGCAUAGAGAUAGACAACCCAUGUAGCGACGUUAGUGGUGCUGGGAAAGCUGAGGUACUAGCUAGCGGUUCCGCAUGUGAAAGACUAGGGGCAGGCCCAACGAGUAGUGAACUGGAGGAUGGUCGAUAAACCUGAAUAUGAUUGCACGGUUGCCUUAGUUGUAUAAAUAUUCUAGUGUAUCCCAUUUUGCGUUUGAGAAUUGCAUAAUCUGACUAUUCUAAACUUUGUCCUUGGAAGAAAGAGCAAGACAUAUAUACAAGUAUGCAUUGAAUAAUAAACAAUUCAUUUUUAAUGUUAUUCCUUAUAUUGAAUACAGACAAUGCGAUUGAUGUAUCGGUUGCCAGAUUCAUCGGAAAUCAGAGUCUGUAGUACAACACUUUUCACGAAUGAAAUGAUGAAUUUGAUUUUCAAUACCUAGAACUGGACUUAUUUUAUACGAAGAAUGUGAAUAUUGAAGUCUCACUGCCACUGCUAUUAGUGUAAAUACCGCGGUGGGGUAUGUUGAGUCCAGCAAACUUGAUCGCUACCUUAUUAAAAGACCUCACACGGAGGGAGAGCUCACUGUAACUGCUGGUAUGACGUGUAUUGUACAAACAAGGAUUCGGAGUCAUAUUGGUAUAUUGACUUAACCUGUAUUUAUUUAAGAUUUUCCACAGGAACGAUAGCAAAGUCCAGAGGAUAAUUUUACACCAUGCGCUUAAACUGUCGGGUAUUAUCACUUUUGACGUAUGUGAGCAAUUUACAUAUCGUUUAUGAUUUUCGAUUAAAUUUCAGAAAAUAAUUACGACAAGCGGUUUUGUGCAGCAAGGUGACAUAAAUAAAUGGAUAAAUUUUAGUAUGCUUAUUGAUACCAGCUUUCAUUGGUAUAACGUUCUAAGGCAGAAGUAGAGAGGUUGCAGUCUUGAAGGAAAACGAUAAAGUAUGUGUAAGCACCUCUGUGCCUGAAGUAUCCUCAUAAUUAGUAAAACUGGCAAUGGAAAAAUAUUUUUCCCUUUAUGGAGAGGGGCUUUGAAUGAGGACAAGAAGUGAUUCAAGAGCUGAUAGAAAAACAUUUCCUAGAAGCAACCACUGUAGGAAUUGUGCAGUCGAACUAUUGAGAAGGCAAGCUGAGACGACGGUGAUGCGCGGAUGAUGUUGUGGGAUAUGCGGCAAACCGGAUUUCCCUUCUCCGUGUUCGACUUCUCUGUGAACAUUCACCGUUUGGUCGACAGUGCCACCGCGGCAUGUCAAGGACGUCCACGGGUGCUAAAUGAGGUCUACACAAGGUGAGGGUUCUUCCCGAAGCUGGGAUGAAUGGGCCAGGGAUGUCAAUCCCCUGAGGCUCCAGUGCAUUGGGAUGCAUCCCUUAUUGGGCCUGGUGCCACACCCCACUUCUGGGACACAGAGUUUGUCUUGCUGUAGAGCUGAAGUGGAAUCCCUAAAGGCGGAAUGCGAAAAUUAUGACAGAGGGUGCCACCACGUGACUGUGGUAGGAGAGGCGCUCUCCCAGUUUAACACUCUAUCAACUCACCAGCCUCGUCACAAGCGCACUAUGUUCAUGAAACUGAGUAUUUCUGAGAAUAAAAAAAACUCAAACCGCAUGUAG